UGGCGACGCCGGCGGCCCAUCUCCUAGGCAACCAUUAGCUCCGCCCGUCGGCCCUUUAACCUUUAGGGUGCGCGGCCGGCGCGUCCCACUCGCUCGCCUCUUCCCCCCUCCCUCCAGUUCCCUUCCCCCUUCGCGCUGCGUGUGGGGCCGGAAGCGAAGAUGGCGGCCGCGGCUGCUGGCGCGGCUUCGGCGGAUCUGGUGAUCGGCUGGUGCAUAUUCGGCCUUUUACUGCUGGCUAUUUUGGCAUUCUGCUGGAUUUAUGUUCGUAAAUACCAAAGUCAGCGGGAAAGUGAAGUUGUCUCCACCAUAACAGCAAUUUUUUCUUUGGCUAUUGCACUUAUUACAUCAGCACUUCUACCAGUGGAUAUUUUUUUGGUGUCUUACAUGAAAAAUCAAAAUGGUACAUUUAAGGCCUGGGCUAAUGCUAAUGUCAGCAGACAGAUUGAGGAUACAGUAUUAUAUGGCUACUAUACUUUAUAUUCUGUUAUACUAUUCUGUGUUUUCUUCUGGAUCCCUUUUGUUUACUUCUACUUUGAAGAAAAGGAUGAUGAUGAUAGCAAUAAAUGCACUCAAAUUAAAACAGCAUUCAAGUAUACUUUGGGUUUUGCUGUGAUUUGUGCACUUCUUCUUUUAGUUGGUGCUUUUGUUCCUUUGAAUGUUCCCAAUAACAAAAAUACUACAGAGUGGGAAAAAGUGAAGUUCCUGUUUGAAGAGCUUGGAAGUAGCCAUGGUUUAGCUGCAUUGUCAUUUUCCAUUAGUUCUUUGACCUUGAUUGGAAUGUUGGCAGCUAUAACUUACACAGCUUAUGGAAUGUCAGCACUACCUUUAAAUUUAAUAAAAGGUACUAGAAGUGCAGCUUAUGAACGUUUAGAAAACACUGAAGAUAUUGAAGAAGUGGAGCAGCAUAUCCAGACAAUUAAAUCAAAAAGCAAAGAUGGUCGACCUUUGUCAGCAAGGGAUAAACGUUCCUUAAAACAAUUUGAAGACAGAUUACGGACACUUAAAAAGAGAGACAGGCACUUAGAAUUCAUUGAAAAUAGCUGCUGGACAAAAUUUUGUGGUGCUUUGCGUCCUCUGAAGAUCAUUUGGGGAAUAUUUUUUAUCCUAGUUGCAUUGCUAUUUGUAAUUUCUCUCUUCCUAUCAAAUUUGGAUAAAGCUCUGCAUUCAGCUGGCAUAGAUUCUGGCUUCAUAAUUUUUGGAGCUAACCUGACUAAUCCACUGAAUAUGCUUUUACCAUUACUACAAACAGUUUUUCCUCUUGAUUAUAUUCUUAUAACUGUUAUUAUCAUGUACUUUAUUUUUACUUCAAUGGCGGGGAUUCGAAAUAUUGGCAUAUGGUUCUUUUGGAUUAGAUUAUAUAAAAUCAGAAGAGGUAGAACCAGGCCCCAGGCACUCUUAUUUCUCUGCAUGAUACUUCUGCUUAUAGUACUUCAUACUAGCUACAUGAUUUAUAGUCUUGCUCCUCAAUAUGUUAUGUAUGGAAGUCAAAAUUAUUUAAUAGAGAGCAAUAUAACCUUUGAUGGUCAUAAAGGUAAUUCCACUCCUUCUGUGUCAAAGAGGUGUGAUGCUGAUGCUCCAGAAGAUCAAUGCACUGUUACCCGGACAUACCUGUUCCUUCACAAGUUUUGGUUCUUUAGUGCUGCAUACUAUUUUGGCAACUGGGCCUUCCUUGUGGUCUUCUUGAUUGGAUUAAUUGUAUCCUGCUGUAAGGGAAAGAAAUCAGUCAUUGAAGGAGUAAAUGAAGAUGAGUCAGAUUUAAGUGAUGAUGAGCCUUCUGUCUAUUCUACCUGAUCACCUUCUUAAAAGUUUUUUUUAAAGCAGACUGAAUAUCUAUUAUGCAUUUUUAAAGUAUUAAAUUUCAUUAGAAUGAAACAACUAGCUUUCGUCAAACAAGAGAGCAUGACUAUUAAAAAAAAAGCUAUUUUUCAUGUUUUCAGAAUUAACAGUAUUUGUCAUAGGUUAACACUUAAAAUUGCUAUAAUAAUACUGUGUAAAUAUAAAACUACCAGCUUGUGAGGGAAUGUUUGUAGACAUUUUUCCUUUAAUAUAUAAUAGUGUUAAAAAUCUUUGGAACUUAAUAAUCUCUUUGUUACUUUCCAAAAGCCAAAUAAAUCACUUAUAUCUGUGACUUCGCA